UACGGACCACGAAUGUUUUUUACAUAGUCAUUUGAAAAGCACUAAUCCAAAAAAAUAGAAAUUCAUUCAACACUUUCUGAGUUCCUCCCUCCACCCGGGGAGCUAUGCCUAGGCUAUAGGCUAUGGACCUACUUUUCGACGCGACUGGAAUUCGGAAGUUUGUACCGGUACUAAUUUGCAUGUUGCUAGAUUGCAUGCCCGUAAACCUUUUGUGUGCGUUCCUCUAGCAUAACGUCAAAGACUGUAUUUUUGACUCGGGAAUUGCUUCAGCCUAAUACCAUUCAAGUGUGAGAAUGACCUGUAAAUUCGUCAGAUAUUUCUUCAAUUGAACAUUUGUGUUACAGUUGUACUUGAACGUCAUCCAAACAUUGCAGGCGUCGGUGACCUUGAACUGGCCGUAGUGUAGGAAUGGGACAAUGUUUCGAUUGCCUAGCUCAUCAAGGCAAGAUACCACCACAGUAUAGGAAUACAAAUAGAAGAAAAUCAGUUGCUUCUGAAACGUAUGACCCAGAAGCUGACGAUGAUGAAGAUGACUCGAAGCCAGUACAGAUAAUUCAUCCAAAGUCUGAUGAACAAAGAAAAAGAUUAAGUGAUGCUGUUCGAAGCAUUCUUCUCUUUAGAGCAUUAGAUUCUGAACAAAUCAGUGAAGUGUUAGAUGCUAUGUUUGAAGUAAAGGUACAACCUGGUCAUCAUGUAAUAGAUCAAGGUGAUGAUGGAGAUAACUUCUAUGUAAUAGACAGUGGAAGGUAUGAUAUAUUUGUGAACUGUGACGGGAAGGAUAAGAAAAUGGGUGCCUACGAUGGCCACGGCAGUUUUGGCGAGCUCGCCCUGAUGUACAACCUACCCAGGUCAGCCACCAUUGUGGCCACAUCACCCGGCACGCUGUGGGCCAUGGAUCGUGGAACAUUUCGAAGAAUAGUUUUGAAAAAUGCUUUCAUGAAGAGAAAGUUGUAUGAAAGUUUAUUAGAAAAUGUGCCAAUGCUCAAGGCUUUAACUGUGUAUGAGAGAAUGAAUGUUGCUGAUGCUCUUGUAUCCAGAGAGUAUCAAGAUGGUCAACAGAUCAUUAAAGAGGGUGAUGCUGCUGAUUGUAUGUUCUUUGUGGAAGAAGGCGAAGCAAGAGUUGGGGUCAUGGAUAAGGAUGAUGAUGGUGGUUCUGAGGUGAAGAAGGUACAAGAGUAUGAUAAAACCAGAGAAGUUGAAUUGAAGAGGUACAGCAAGGGAGAUUACUUUGGAGAAUUGGCCUUAGUGACACACAAUCCAAGAGCAGCAUCCGUCUAUUCAGUUGGAAGAACUAAAUGUGCAGUUCUCGACGUGGGUGCGUUUGAGCGACUGCUUGGUCCGUGUAUGGACAUCAUGAAGCGGAACAUCAACGAGUACGAGGAACAGCUGGAGUCUGUGUUCAACAGGUCCGAGUUGAGUGGCAAGAAGAGAUGAGAGCCAUCGUCCAUUCUUCCAUCCACUCCGUCAUUCUGUUCCAUCGGUGUGUCACUUGUUGGAACCCGGCUGCAUCGCAAUACCUCAACUGUGUGAAAUUACUCAGACCUCGUCGACAAAAUCAACACAGUAGCACCAGCACGUAAACUCAUAACACAGGCGUUCUUCCAAGUAUUGGGGAAGUCGAAAAUGUUUACAUGUGUGUGGAUUUUCUGUGGUAUCUUCUUCGCUAAAUGGCCAUUACAAUAAAAAAAAAAUUAAGUUAGUGAAUAUCAACAUUGGUAAACGCUCUGGGAAAGAAAUGCUUUAAGUUCAUGAUAGUGUUUAACAAGACUAAUGGUUCCAAGAAAUUGUUCUCUUUUUGUUUGUUGUUGUUGUUCUUUGUUGGGGUUAUAAACUAUUUUUAUAUUUAUACAUUUUUUGUAGUAGAACAAAUGAAAGGUCCAUGUGUUUAUGCUAUUGUGUUACUGCUUAACCAAGCCAUCGCUGGCAACUAAUGACCCAAACCGAAUUGUUCACGUCUCCGUUUUCAUGAUUGGCAUAAUAUCAGCUUCACUGCUUUUUAUCACCUGUUAUCAUCAUAGUAGUAGUUGUACAAAUAUGCUUUGAAAUUCUUUAAAGAUCAUAUUUCAUGACUUUACAAUUUAGAAUUAGCUGGCUUAUUGUAUAGCCUGAAUUAGCACUAUUUUAUUAUAUAGCCUAAAGUAGCUAUCUUAUUAUAUAGCAUAAAUUAGUCAUGUUAUUGUUUAUCCUGAAUUAGCUAUCUCACUGUAGCUUAAAUUAGUCAUCUUAUUACAUUGCCUGAAGUACGUAUCGUAUUGUGUAUCCUGAACAAAUUGGAAACAUGGGAGACCAGUAUUAAAACUUCAAAAUGUGUAAAUAUAGUGUUACUUUAUACAUUUGUUUUUAGAAACAUCAGGUUCUAGCUGAUUAUUUGUAGUGUAGGAUUUUUGUUAUUGAUAGGAAUGUAGGUCAGGUCAUAUUGUGAUGGACUGUAAUUGGUUUCAGUUUCUACGUAGUAUCUAGUCAUUGCCAAACUAGAUCCACACUCUGAAUCAUAUCAAUAGGUGCACAAAUUGUCAUUCCAUUUUUACACAAAAUGAAUAACAAAUCAUGAAGAUAGUAUUUACAGUAUGGAGUAUCAUGAACGACAAAAAAACAUGGGUUUUAAAUUGUUUUAUGAUGUGUCCAAAAAAAAGCAGAGUAUUGUCUUUUGAUCAUUAUAAAAGAUUUGUCAUGUUGUAAAGUAUACUUUAAAUUAAAUGGAUUCUGGUUACUCUGAAGUUUAUUUGUCUGAGAAUUUAGUGUGUUCACUAUUGUUGAUCCUGCAUGCAUGUAGGUUUAUAUCCAAAACAAUUCCACAUCCUACCAUAUUUGUGCAGAAGAGUAUCUCUUCAUUUGUAGGUGGAUCAAAGUUCAAGAUAAUAGUGUGCACCAGUUUUACUUCAUGUUUGCACUGCUAAAGUGAUGGUACUUGAUAUUGUAGACACUAGACUCCCAUUGUGUGUAGGUUGCAUCUGAAGGUCAUAUGAAUACGGUAAUAAUGUUUCAUUUUUAAUGUAUUUUGUAUAACAAAUUUCAUUUUGUGUACUUGAUUCUUAAAACUUUGUGCAUGUACUAACCAUGGCUGAAAAGAACAUUUCAGGUGUUUUUUUAAAUAUAUAUAUAUAUUUGUUGAAUACGGGUGGAAACCCACUAUUGUGAGCUGAAUUAAAAACUAAGCUGUGAGACCAAACAAAUUUGUAUAUGUGUUGGUAACAUUUUACCAUUGCUACCUUUCCUCCUGUUGUUUCUGUGUUUACUGGGGUAACGAGUAUUUGUAUUCCACUUUUGUACAGUCAUUCAUGAAGUUGCUCAAAGUGUUACUCUUUUUUUUUCAUGCUGCUGAUUUUCAUGAAGUUUCCAGUAUUAAAAUUUUACUUUUGAACAAUCUGGUCAACUGUUGCUGAAUCUCAUUAAUUGUAUUACUUCAGGGUUAGCUCGAGUGUCCUGUUUAUAUGUGCCAGUUGUGCGAGAGCAUAGUUAACUGCAGUGUCUUCUAGCUCUACUCGUUUAUAUGGCAAAAUAGGGCUGGCCUACAGAGACAUCCUUAUACAGUGAAAUCCCUCUAAACUGGACACUCUCAGGAGCAGGCAAAAGUCAAGUUGUACGGGGUAUCCGCUUUAGAAAGGUAAGGUCUGUGUUAAUUUUUAAAAGAGGGACUAAAAAAACGUUCAGUUAAAAGGUGUUUGCGUUUUAGAGAGGUUAAGUUCUGUGCUAAUUUUUAAAAAGGGACCAUGAAAAACAUCCGCUUUUGAAGGAAUUUCAUUUUUAGAGGGUCCGGUUUAGAGAGAGUAAUUGAAAACUGUCUGUCGAAAUAUUCACUAGUUUGAGCCAUCACCAAUUACAGAUUCUUAAAUCUGAUGCCACAGACUUUUGGUUUGAUUGUUACAAGAGAAGAACUAUCUUAUACCGGUAGUUCGUGGGUUUCAAACAGGGAUGUUUUUUGGUUUGAUAGUGACAAGAGAAGAACUAUCCUAAACUAGUAGUUCGUGGGUUUCAAACAGGGAUGUUUUUUGGUUUGAUAGUGACAAGAGAAGAACUAUCCUAAACUAGUAGUUCGUGGGUUUCAAACGGAUGUUUUUUGGUUUGAUAGUGACAAGAGAAGAACUAUCCUAAACUAGUAGUUCGUGGGUUUCAAACAGGGAUGUUUUUUGGUUUGAUAGUGACAAGAGAAGAACUAUCCUAAACUAGUAGUUCGUGGGUUUCAAACAGGGAUGUUUUUUGGUUUGAUAGUGACAAGAGAAGAACUAUCCUAAACUAGUAGUUUGUGGGUUUCAAACAGGGAUGUUUUUUGGUUUGAUAGUGACAAGAGAAGAACUAUCCUAAACUAGUAGUUUGUGGGUUUCAAACAGGGAUGUUUUUUGGUUUGAUAGUGACAAGAGAAGAACUAUCCUAAACUAGUAGUUUGUGGGUUUCAAACAGGGAUGUUUUUUGGUUUGAUAGUGACAAGAGAAGAACUAUCCUAAACUAGUAGUUCGUGGGUUUCAAACAGGGAUUAUUUUUGGUUUUUCGUUGUAGUGCCAGGGUUCUACACGGGAAAGAAUGUAAUAUGAUUACACAGUCUGUAGUAUUAGAUUUCGGAAACUGUGUGUAUUUUAAAUAGAGUACUUGGUGACUGUUUGUUAAAAUGGUCAGGUUUUAAACAUUUAAGUAUGCUCUGGCCCUAUUCUAACGUAUAAACAUUCGAGCCACUUCAGGGUAUGACAUUGGCUUUAUCACUGUGAUGUGUGUAUUCAUUUAGCAUAAUAUUUAUUUAUCUUCAUUGCAUUGUGUUCAGUCUGCUUCUUUUCUCUUUGCUUGAUAUAAUUUACUGAUUUUAAAAAUAUUUUUUAAGUUUAUUUAUUUAUUUUAUCUUGAUUUGUUAAAAUUACAAGUCAAGAAAUAGGUAUUAUUUUUGCAAUGGUGACAUUGUCAGUUUUUGCGUUAGUUUUUAUGUCAUUGGUUUGUAGUUCAGUAUAGCUCUUGUGUAAUCCACAACCAAUUUUUGUUAUGCAUGUAUUGCAGUUAAAACCAUUUGUUUCAUAUAUAAAAUGUGCAAUUAGUGUUUUUCAUUAAAAAAAAAACCUUCCAGUAAUGGCAUAGACAGGCUUUGUAGAGGUGGUGAUAUUUUUAGUACACAAAGUAAAUCUCAAACCACCUUUCAAAGUAGUAAGCCAGUGUAAUACAGUGUACAUCUAGUAAUUGUUAAGUUAUUUCCACUUUAUAUAUUUUUAUAUACUUUUAUUUAUUUACUAGCAGGCUACCAACACCACUAUCAGUUACGUAAAUUUGGUCUCCACCUUUGUUUUUGUUUCAGUAAGAUGAUGACAUUAUUUUGAUAAAGUGCUAAAAUACAAUUAUGAACCUUUACUCAAAUGCUGAGCAUUUGGCAGCAUGUUAAUGUACAAAUGCAUUAUAUGCAUACGAAAAAUACCAUUGAAUAAUAAACAUAGUAAACUCCAAAGGGAGAGUAUACAUUACACAUUCUAAACUGUUGCUACAUUGUCUUUUUGUUGGCAUAGUAACGGACAAUGUGUAAUUUAAUAAUUUUUGAAAAUGCAUCAUAUUAGUACUGGCCUCCAAGGCUCAAAUCAGCCAGUUAAAAGUAUAAAAUUAAAAAGUUGGAUAAGAAUUUUAAAAUUCAGAUUUUUUAAACUACAUUAAUCCUGAGUUUAUGGUAUGUUAGACAUUUAAUUCCACACAAUUCCUGUUUAUGUAUUUCUGUUCUUUCUGUUUUUUUCUCGUGUCCGACAUUUCUAAACUUAUUUACUUUUAUAUGUUGAAUGUUUGCUUAUUGGGAAACAAAACGAUGGAUGUUUGUAAUAUUUUUGGGUUCAGCAAUAUUGUACUUAUAUUUGGAAAUUAAAAUAAAAGGCAUCAUAGACUUGUAUUUUAUGUUAUUUGUUUUAUUUAUAUAUGUAUAAAUAGUCUGUGAAUCAUUGUUGUAAAAAUUAAUUAAAAAUGAAAACCCAUACAGCGUACCAGUUAAAAUGCAUUGUUUGAGGGCAAUUGUCCUGCAGGAUUAUUUUGCAUUAAUAAGAAAUCGUGAAAUUGACAUCGGAGUAAGACGAAUAUGCUUUUUAUAGAAUUAAGAUAUUGAUUCAACAUGGGAAUAUUGUGCGAUUUGUAUUAUUAUUUAAGUUGUUUUAUUUGUAAAAUCAUUCAUAAUAUUAAACAGGUUUUAUGUUAACUGAAAAACAUGGUUUAUAAAAAAAAAAAAAUUGUCAAAUAUUUUGACGGUUUGGUAAUCAAGUUGAGAAUUCAGACAAAUUACAUUACAUACCAGAACAAAUUUGUGAUUAUGUAACCAGUUUUCAUCGUCUUUGCUUCCACUUAACUGAGAUUUGCAUUUCAAUGCAUGCUUAAGAAAUACGUCUGUAUGGUCCGCAACUAGUCCCUAAUGAAUAGCGCCUUAUAGUACAAACUGUAAAAUUAAAUGUUAGGUCCACUUUCCAUUAACACAUUUCCACACGUUUUAUUGUGUGCGUUUCUGUGCACAGAAAUGCUUUUUCAUAUUUGCAUUGUCUCGAGCAGAUUACUACAGAAAAUAUGACGUCAAAGUGUACUUUAAGCCAAAAUUAAAUAUUUCACAUGAUGUCGCCACCUUGAAAAAAAAAUGUGCAUGGAAAAAUCUCUUCCUUUUUUUUCUUUUUUUUUCGGAAUCACGUAUAUAGUAAAUGCUGUCAAUAAACUUGUGUGCGAAAUUGUGUUAAAUGGAAAGCUGGCUUUAACCAUUUUAGUUUAGUUUUGGAAGACAACAAGAAUGGUUGAGUGCUUGAAUACAUCUACAUACUUAUGUGUUAUUUUGAUUUUAUAUUUGAGGGGAAAUACUAGUAACUUAAAGAAGCAUCAUUGAGUGCUGGAAUAUAUUUACAUUAUUGAUAUUGGAAAUUGGUCGUCAAAAACUAUCAUCAGUCGGCUCAUGGUCUACAAGACUGACUCAUUGUAUACAAGACUUGGCGUAUUCCAUAAUAAAGAAGGGAUGUGCACAUACAGUAUUCACAUUUUCAGUAUCUCUAGCAAGUAAACAUUUGAAACUUUGAAAAAUAGAUGUUUUAAAUGUACUUGAUAAUUUCAAUUUGUUGUUACUUAUAAUCUUUGGUUAGUAUUCAAUAAUGACAUUGUGUAAGCAAAUGUGUUACUGGAAAUUGUAUUUGAAGAAUAAAAACUUGUGAAGUUUA